AUGCACUUUGGUCGAUACGACAAAAAACUUAUCGAAUUAAAUAUUGCACAUAAUGUCGGGAAAAUAGAUCCUGAUCGCAUUCGAAAUUUUAAAGAGAAGAUUAAAUCACCUUGGGCGAGUAAUCUACCGAUAUCGGUGUUCACUUAUUUAAUCACAGAGGCAUCAAAUCAGCUAAAUAUCAAGGAGUUAGCUCCUAAGGGAAAUGAUAUGGAACUUUUUCACUUCUUAUCCGCCGGUCCUCACGUAAUAAGCGAAGCUCCAGCUAUUUUGAGUAAAAAUAAAGUCCAAAUUGAAGAGUUGAUCCGUGAAAUGAAGUUUAUUCCUUUUCCACCACGGCCAAAACCCAAAAGAAGCGACUCUCAUCAUUUAUCGACCAACGUACCGGAAGAGUAUCCUCCUAAAGAUGGCUACGAAAAUAGUAGUCGGCAAUUGUAUGUGAUUGCCCGAGCUAUCUUAAUCUGUAAAGAUUUAGUGGUUUUGUGGAAAGAGGUUGGCUAUUACCAAAUAUGCAGCGAUGUAAAUGACUUGGUCAUGCAAGGAGCCCUCCUAAUUCUUUUCCCGCCUAUGCCAUCGUGUGGUUAUGUUCGUCCGAAUGUAAAUAGAGUGAACGAAAGACUUGAGGAAUUAAUCGAACUUGGCUUUGAUUUAACGUAUAAUGUGAUAGGAGAUAUCAUGCAACUUUUUGAAAAUAGAUUAUCAGAUGUCGGCGGCAUUUUUCUGGAAUCUUUUGUUAAAAUCAAAGGCAUAACCGUCAAGGAGCUUCUAGAAAAAAUUUUAAUAUAG